UAAGGUCAAAAGUCAAAAUUGCCCACCUUCUUCAUCAUUUAAUUUCCCUCUCUUUAAAACAAAGAAGAAAAAGGAAAAACCAAAGAUCAUUAGAACAGAGAAAAGGAAGGAAGGAAGGAAGGAAGACACAGUGAAGAGAAAAGAAGAGAGAAGGAAAAGGAAAAGAAAUGUGUGGAAUAUUUGCGUAUCUGAAUUAUAAUGUAAACAGAGAAAGAAGAUACAUCCUUCAAGUUCUCUUCAAUGGCCUUCGCCGUCUCGAGUACCGUGGCUACGAUUCCGCCGGUAUUUCCAUUGAAAAUUCAAUUCCCUCCGAAUCAUCCGAUCCAAUUCCUUCUUCUUCUUCUCAUUCACCUUCACCUCUCGUCUUUCGCCAGGAGGGAAACAUCGAAUCCCUCGUCAAGUCUGUGUACCAAGAUGUUGCUACUAUUGAUUUAAAUUUGGAGGAAUCUUUCUCUGUCCAUGCUGGAAUAGCACAUACACGUUGGGCUACUCAUGGAGAGCCAGCUCCACGAAAUAGUCAUCCCCAAACUUCUGGUGCUGGAAAUGAAUUCUUGGUUGUACACAAUGGGGUUAUUACUAACUACGAGGUUUUAAAGGAAACACUGGUUCGUCAUGGGUUUACGUUUGAAUCUGAAACUGACACAGAAGUGAUUCCAAAGCUUGCCAAAUAUGUCUUUGACAAAGCAAAUGAAGGUGAAGGUGCUCAGCCUGUCACAUUUAGUCAAGUUGUGCUUGAAGUCAUGAGGCAUCUUGAAGGAGCUUAUGCACUUAUUUUUAAGAGCAGACAUUAUCCAAAUGAGUUAAUUGCAUGCAAACGUGGAAGUCCUUUGCUCCUGGGUGUGAAAGAAUUAAAUGAAGAUAUGAACAGUGGAUCAGCAUUUCAUGAUGCCAAAUCACUCUCAAAGGAUGGUCACGCCAAAGAACUUUUUCUAUCCAGUGAUGCAAAUGCCAUUAUUGAGCACACGAAAAGGGUCUUGAUGAUCGAGGAUGGUGAAGUGGUUCAUCUCAAGGAUGGAAGUGUGUCUAUCCUAAAGUUUGAAAAUGCCAAGGGAAGACAUGGUGGUGCUCUUUCUAGACCUGCAUCAGUCCAGCGAGCGCUAUCAGUUCUUGAGAUGGAAGUCGAACAAAUAAAUAAGGGAAAUUAUGAGCAUUAUAUGCAGAAAGAAAUUCAUGAACAACCAGAAUCUCUAACUACCACCAUGAGGGGGAGGCUUAUACGUGGAGGUUCCUGCAAAGCCAAGACUGUCCUUUUGGGUGGACUCAAAGAUCACCUUAAAACAAUUAGACGCAGUCGCAGAAUUGUUUUUGUUGGUUGUGGUACAAGUUAUAAUGCUGCUCUAGCUGCAAGACCCAUCCUGGAAGAACUUUCUGGUGUCCCUGUUACGAUGGAAAUUGCAAGCGAUUUAGUGGACAGGCAAGGUCCUAUAUACAGAGAAGAUACUGCUGUUUUUGUCAGUCAGUCUGGGGAAACUGCAGAUACAUUACAUGCUUUGGAGUAUGCUUUAGAAAAUGGGGCCUUAUGUGUUGGCAUAACAAACACUGUGGGAAGUGCAAUAGCCAGGAAUACACACUGUGGCAUUCAUAUAAAUGCUGGGGCUGAAAUAGGUGUGGCAAGUACCAAGGCCUACACCAGUCAGAUUGUUGUGAUGGCCAUGUUAGCUCUAGCCAUUGGAGGUGAUGCUAUAUCUAGCCAAGCAAAAAGAGAGGCUAUAAUUGAUGGCCUGUUUGACUUGCCUAACAGAGUCAGAGAGGUCCUGAAGCUUGACCAGGAAAUGAAGGAUCUGGCAGAACUACUAAUGGCAGAACAAUCGCUUCUUGUGUUUGGAAGAGGAUACAACUAUGCAACAGCAUUGGAGGGUGCUUUAAAAGUGAAGGAAGUUGCCCUUAUGCACAGUGAAGGAAUGCUUGCUGGUGAAAUGAAACAUGGUCCUUUGGCAUUGGUUGAUGAAAAUCUCCCAAUUAUAGUCAUUGCGACUCAUGAUGCUUGCUUCAGAAAGCAGCAGUCUGUCAUUCAGCAACUUCAUGCUCGUAAAGGUCGCCUAAUAGUGAUGUGUUCCAAAGGGGAUGCUGCAUCUGUAUGUCCCGGGGAAUCCUGCAGAGUCAUUGAAGUCACACAGGUUGAGGAUUGUCUACAACCUGUAGUGAAUAUAGUUCCGUUGCAGCUGCUGGCAUAUCAUCUCACUGUUCUAAGGGGCUACAACGUGGAUCAACCUCGUAAUCUUGCAAAGAGCGUCACAACGCAGUAAAACUGACUACUCUCAAUACUCCUUUGGUGCUUACUUAGGCAAAUCUCAUGCUUCUUUGGUGCUUAUCCUCUUUACUCAGGGGGGCUGCUUACCUUCGUUUGGAAAUUAUUUUUCAAGUAGCCAACUCUUUUAAAAAUCUGUAUUGUGGUAACUAUUGUGUCGAGGCUGUAAAAUUUGUACAUUGUAAAUAGAGAUAGGUACUUCACUAAUUGGAUUCACAUCCUGACCACUCCCCUCGACCCUAUCCUACUCGUUAGAGGUUGUAUUUAUGAAUAUAUAUGUUAUUAUGUUACCCAUUUCAAGUA